AUGGCGAAUAUCGUUUCCCUUGUGCUGCUGCUAGCCCUCCUCGGCGCAUUGUGCCGCCGCGCCGGCGCCGCCGCCUUUGAGGUCGGCGGAGACGACGGCUGGGUCGUGCCGUCGGCUAAGGACGGCGGCAUUUACGGCCAGUGGGCGUCCAAGAACCGCUUCCUCGUCGGCGACAGCGUCCAUUUCAAGUACAAGAAGGACUCGGUGAUGGUGGUGACGGAGGACGACUACAACAACUGCCGCUCGUCGCACCCCAUUUUCUUCUCCAACAACGGCGACACGGAGGUGCAGCUGGACCGCCCCGGACUCUUCUACUUCAUCAGCGGCGUCACCGGCCACUGCGAGCGCGGGCAGAGGAUGAUCAUCAAGGUCAUCGGCCAGGACGCGCCCCCGCCGGCGCCCCAGGCAGCCAGCCCGCCCCCGGCGCCAUCGACGCCUCCCAGCCCGCCGAGCCCGAGCGCCGCCUCGCCAGGCACUAGCGUGCUUGCCGGCGCCAUUGCCGUCGCGGCGAUGGCAUUGCCGGUCAUCGUGCACGGUGUCUAA